AGGGAGACGAGACCGUCAAACAGCAGCCAGACGACGGUGUAAAGACAAAAGCGGACUAAAGUAACUGAACAGUUUCAAGGUAAAAAAAGCAAAAUCAGGCCUGUGAAGGCCUUAAAAUUGGCUUCGAGCUACGCGGUUAACGGACGCAGUCAGUGGAUACAAAAAAUCGGAAGUUCGGUACUCGGAUUUGCGUGAAUCCUUUGAAUAAAUUGUUUUUCUUUUCGCUUCAUCGACGACGACCAAUGCUCGCGAAAUUAUCGGCGGCGAACGAAACUUUGUGCUUGUAUUUGUUGGUUGGUUAUUAGUGUGCUUGCUCUUAAAGUGUGUAAAACACAACGACGAUCUUCUGGCCGAAUCGAAAGGAGUAUUUCGAUCAUUGCAAAAUCUUAAAACAUCAAAGAACGGAAAACAGAUCCUAGCAGCCACGGUUAACGUGUAAGUAACUAGAGGCAAACAAAUACAAGCAGAUAUUUUUGGCAAUUGCAAUCAGAGCAAUAUACCCAGCAGACAAAAUGACGGAAGAAGCUUACCCAAAGACCCUUUAUGUGGGUAAUCUGGAUCAAUCCGUGACGGAGGAUUUAUUAUGCGCAUUGUUCGGUCAGAUGGGAGCAGUUAAAAGUUGCAAAAUCAUACGAGAAGCAAGCAGUGAUCCGUAUGCAUUUAUCGAAUAUACUAACCAUCAAUCAGCCCAGACUGCGCUUGCUGCGAUGAAUAAGCGAUUAUUUCUUAAAAAAGAAAUCAAAGUAAACUGGGCCACCAGUCCUGGAAAUCAGCCCAAAACGGAUACCAGUCAGCAUCAUCAUAUUUUUGUUGGCGAUUUAAGCCCAGAAAUCGAAACAGAAACUUUACGAGAGGCAUUUGCUCCGUUUGGAGAGAUUUCGAAUUGCCGAAUCGUUCGGGAUCCACAAACCCUCAAAUCUAGGGGUUACGCGUUUGUGUCGUUUGUCAAGAAGGCGGAAGCAGAAAAUGCAAUACAGAUGAUGAACGGACAAUGGUUAGGUUCGCGAAGUAUCCGCACCAAUUGGUCCACCAGAAAACCGCCGGCACCGCGUGAGAAUAUCAAAGGUAUUAAAAGUGGAAAGACACCCGGCUUCGAAGAAAUAUACAAUAAUACUGGACCGACGAAUACCACAGUGUACUGUGGUGGUUUCCCUCCAAAUAUUAUUACUGAUGCAUUGAUGCAUAAGCAUUUUGGAUUAUUUGGACAAAUCCAAGACGUUCGAGUGUUCAAAGACAAAGGAUACGCAUUUAUCAAGUUUAAUAAUAAGGAAUCUGCAGCGAGAGCCAUAGAAGGCACUCAUAAUAGUGAGAUCCAAGGCUAUGCUGUGAAAUGCUACUGGGGUAAGGAGAAUGGAGGAGAAAUGGCAAGUAAUGGUAUAAAUGCAGUAGCGGCUGCUGGUAUGGUUGGCAUUGGUAUCAAUAGCAUAGCAGGAAGCCCAUUACAAUCGUCGAAUGCAGCAGCGGCGGCGGCCGCGGCCGCAGCUGCUGCCGCAGCACAAACGCAUGGUGGAAAUCCACAACUAUCUCAGGCGGCUGCUGCUGGAGCCGCUCAAUAUCCUUACUCGGCUGCCUAUGGUCAAAUGGGAUACUGGUAUCCGGGAUAUCCUCAAAUGCAAACACAGUAUAUGCAACAAGGGUAUGCGGCAUACCCUUAUGCAUAUGCUGCCGCCAGUCCACAGCAGGCAGGAACUGCUGGUAUGUUCGGAUACCGCAUGAUGCAGCCAAAUAUGGCUGCUGCUGGAUGGGGAAUGCAAACCGUUCCAGGAGUCGCCACCAAUGGGGCAGCAGCAGCAGCCGCCGCAGCUGCAGCUGCUGCCUCUUCUCAACAACCUAUGAUGUAUGCGGCGAUGCCACAGUUUCAGACGCAAUGAGAUAUAUUGAAAAACUGCCCCAACAACAGCAUUGUCAAUAAAAUAGUAGGAGUCACUACAGCAUCAGCAGGGCCUAACAGCCAUCAACCAACCGCUCAUUUCAAUCUGAUUACCAAUUCAGCAGUUGCGGCAGCUGCAGCAGCAAAUCCUUUGGCAGUAGCCGCAGCGAAUAUAAACAAUAGUUUAAUUUCCGCACCACCAAUAAGGACCAACACGAAUAACACGAUUAUCCUAGCGGCUCAUCAGCAGCAUCCGGCAACACUACACCAGCAUCAUCCUUUCGGAGCCACAACACACCAUUUGUUAGCAACACCAGCCAACCCCUCGAUCACACCAAUUGCAGCGGCAGCCGCUGCCAAACUCUACCAUCAUCAGCCAACAGCCACGAUAGUCAAUUCGAUACUUGCACCAAACUCAUCUAGUUCUGCUGCUUCUUUGUGUAACCUACAAACUGCUAAUAAUUGUCAGUUACCGGUGCGUACGAUCACUGCAGUUGUUGGUGCAAUGACUACUGUUGCCACUUUGGCAUCGACCGCAGCAACGACGGUGCUUACCCCCUCUUCCGGAAACGCCAAUGGAAUCGUUCCUCAAAGCAAUGGUAGUAAUAAUAGUACUAAUAUCAAUUGUAACAGUAGCAGUAACAGUAUUGCAGCCGCCGUUGCUGCUAUUAUAAACAAUAAUUUGAACUAUAAAUACAGCAGCAACAGCGGAAAUAUCAACAGCAGCAAUAUGCUUCAUAACACCGGUAUGAAAGUUCCAUUAAGUAGUUCAAGCAGUAUCGAAACAAAUAAUCUAAAACAUAAACUCAGUAAUGAAAGCGACGAAGGAAGCGGUAAGUUGCAGCCAUCGAAUGGAAUGGAAGACGAAAGCCCUGUAUGCAAGAAGAUGAUGCUGGAAAGUGGGAGUAGUAACGUUGCGAGCGGAACUGAUGGAAGUAUUAGCAGUCCAGAUGUACCCUUAUCAACGGCAACAUCAAUCACAGAAUCAACUACGAUUGCCGCCAUGGAUAACAGCAAGCAGGAGAGAUGAAUAAACGCCAGGGUGAAAAUUGUGAGAAAUUGCGUACCAUAUGCUGGUUCGGUAGGCUAUUUUAAUUUCCGACCACGACCGUAAACGGUGAGUGUAGAACAGCUAAACUGUUUUAAGCCAUUCGUUUGCAUUAUCUGUUGGACUUUUUUGUACAGCCAAUUCCAUCUGGGUCUGUAUAAUUUUCUCAUUAGACAAGUGUGUAGGAAACAGUUUAUGUAAUUAAUUUAUUAAUUGGUUCUCAUUUUUAGAUGAAAGGGUAUUGUAUUACCGUUUAUGUAACGACCACUAGAGUGAGGCACAACUGCAAAUUUUGAUAAGUUUGUGAAAACUAGAGCAAUAAUUUAUAAAAUUGUUGUUUUGAUUGUUUUAUUUUUUGCUACUAUAAACUCAAGAAACGCAAACAAAUACCCUAAUAUAUGCAGGAACGGCAGACUCUGAUCAAAGCAUCGUCGAAUUUAAUUAUUAUUGUCGUUUGAUUCAACAUGAUACAACAUAUCGGAAAUAACAUCGAAUGAUAAAAGACCGUUUUGUUGACAUAAAACAAUAAUUGUGAUAUAUUUUUGAAAGUCUUGUUUACUAGUUUAGUCAAGGCAUUUUUUACUCUAAAUAGAGUAUGUAUUCAUGUACCAUAAUUUCGUUUACUUGAACCGCUGAAGCAUGUUAAUUUCAUAUUUAACAAAUAUUGAUGGUACAUGAAUCGAAAAUUCUUGGUUAGAAAGGAAUGCAAAUGCGAUUAUUAGAAAAGCUUUUUUUGGCUGAAUUCUUAAAUUAGGUACGCGUGUUUGUUUCAGAAGACAAAAAUAAAUUUUUCUCUAUAA